AUGCCUUGGGGUCAUAAGAGUAAAAACCGUGCCCGUGAGAAGUGCCGCCAAGCUCACGAAGAAAUCAUGGCUUUGGAUUCACAGGAUCUUCAUGAAGCAGCAUCUGCCAGCAGUACUGAAGCAACUAAUAUAGAUGUGAGAUCUGGUGAAGAUGCCAGUGGCCAAGAGAAAAAAAAUCCAACAGCCUCAGUGCAACCAGAAUCAAAUGAAUUGUUCUUCACAGGACCAUUAGAGGAGAAAGUUGCUAUGUUGGUGCAUUUUCUGCUGUAUAAGUAUUACAAUAAAGAGCCUGUGACCAAAGCAGAGAUGAUAAAAAAUGUAAUCCAAACAUACAAGAGCAGUUUCCCUGAAAUUCUUAAAAGAGCCACUGAACACAUAGAGUUGAUCUUUGGCAUUGAUGUGAAAGAAAUAGAUACUCAAAAACAUAUUUAUGUUCUAAUCAACAAAUUGGAUAUGGGCUCUGAUUCUAGUUUGAAUGAUGAUAUAGGCAUACCUAAGACUGGUCUGUUGAUGACCAUACUGACGGUGAUCUUCACCAAGGGUAACCAUGCUACUGAGCAGCAAGUAUGGCAAACUCUAAAUGUGACUGGAUUACAUGAGAGGGAGAAUCACUUAAUUUUUGGGGAUACCAAGAAGCUUAUAACCAUAAAUUGGGUGCAGCAAAAAUACCUUGACUAUCGCCAGGUUCCUGGUAGUGAUCCUCAUCGUUAUGAGUUUCUGUGGGGUUCCAGAGCAUAUGAGGAAACGAGUAAGAUGAAAGUGUUAGAGAAUUUGGCCAAGGUCUGUGAUACAGUUCCCAGUGCCUUUCCAAUCUGGUAUGAAGACGCUCUGAAAGAGGAGGAAGAGAGGGCCAAAGUUAGAGCAGCAUCCAAGGCUGCAGCUCGUGCUGUUGCUGCCCGUGAGCGGUCCAAGGCCAUGGUUCAUCCUGUUAAUAAAAAAAAAACCUGA